AUGGCUGAACAUUUAGCUCGUAUUAUAGGAACAGAAGAAGAUAGAGUCAACUGUCCAUUUUUUUGGAAAAUUGGAGCAUGUCGUCAUGGAGAUCAAUGUAGUAGAAGUCAUUACAAACCAAACUGUUCUCAAACUUUAGUUAUAAGACAUAUGUAUGAUAAUCCACCCAUAGCUGUUGCUAUUGCAGAAGGACAAAUGGUUGACGAUGAAGUAUUGGAUAAAGCAGCUGAUCAUUUUGAAGAAUUUUAUGAAGAAGUUUUUGAAGAAUUAAUGAAAUAUGGAGAAAUUGAAGACAUGGUUGUUUGUGAUAAUAUAGGGGAUCAUAUUAUUGGUAAUGUUUAUAUUAAAUAUACACAUGAAGAUUAUGCUGAGAAAGCUGUUAAGGAACUAAACGGACGAUUUUAUGCAGGUAAACCGUUACAAAUUGAAUACACACCUGUUACUGAUUUUAGAGAAGCCAGAUGCAGGCAAUUUGUAGAUGGCCAAUGCAGAAGAGGAGGAUAUUGCAAUUUUAUGCAUAUCAAACAUGUUCCUAGAAGUGUGAAAAGAAAAUUAUAUAGAAGAAUGUAUAAAAAAUUUCCUGAAUAUAGAAAAAGAAGAAGGAGAAGUGAUGAUUCAGAUGAUUAUCACGAUGGCCAUAGAGAAAGAGGUAGUAAAGAUAAAUAUAAAAGAGACAGAUAUAAGGAAAAUCAUCAUAAUGGUAGGCGUAGAAAUAGGAGUAAAAGUAAUGAUUAUGAGGAUGAAGAUGCUGAUAGGAGUUGUAAAUAUGCAAGGAGAGAAAACAGUAUAGAAAGAAGAGAGAAAAUUGAAAGAUGGAAUAAGGAAAGAGAAAUGAAAAAUAUGUUAAAAAACAACAAAGAUAAUAAGAAGGAAGAAGAUGAAGAUGAUAAUAAUAUAAAAGAUAGUAAGGAAUUAGACACUAGAGAUGAUUAA